AUGUACACCGGCGUGUGUCCCAAGCAGCCGGUGGACCAAUGCCGGCUCCAGGACGGCAUCAAGUUCCUGCACGCCUACCAGCUGUGCCGAAAACCCGGCGCCGACGGCGCGCCCGACCCAACCGCCGACAUGGUCCGCAUGUCCAACCUGUACGGCAUCCAGAUCUCCUCUCAGCUGGCCGGCAAGGAGGCCACGGGCGCCUCAAAGACUGUCGGUGGCAUGUCCCGUGGCGCCCCAGAGGACGGUCUGAGGGCGCGGUCUCUCGCCAUCGGGCUGGAGGGGAUCCCGUCGGAGCGCCAGGCCACCGCCGCCGCGCUGCGCAACGUGUGCUCCGUGGCGUCCGGUGGCGAAUCGGACAUCUCGGCACGCGUCAAACAGGAACCAGUGGAGGAGGAGGAUGAUGAUGGUGAUGAAGCUCAGGGGGCGGAGUCUCAGGACAGCAGCCCCGGCUUCAGAGAGCGAGCUCUGGCGUUGGCGUUGCUUUGUCCGCGCUGCGGCGAGCGCUGCUCGUCUCCCGAGGACCUGCGGGAGCACCUGUUCAGCCACGCCCUCGACCACGCCCAGGACAACGCCGGCGCCGAGCAGCGGCCGACUGUUGGCGGCGCCGAGCAGCUGGACGCAGGCUGUCUGGAGGAGGCGCUGAGACAGAGCCAGGCGCUCGCCAACCAGCUGGCUGCCGAGCUGCGGAGGAGCAGAGGAGGGGGGGCAGGGGAGGGGGGCGUCGCCACGGCAACCGCUGGCACCACCGCUGGUGUGCUGCACUCUCGUAAACGUAAGAUCGCCUGCGCCGUGUGCAGCCUGCGCUUCUCGCACAAGAGCCAGCUGCAAGAGCACAUGUACAGCCACACGGGCAAGCCCGCACGCCAUCAGCGGUACAACCGCCUCUGCAGCCAGCUCUGCCACGCCUCGGCGCACUUCUGCGAGGCCGCCGUGGCGGCCGAGGGCGGGGCCUCGUCCGGCGGGGGCGGAGUCUGUGAGGACGCCAACAGAGACGCUCAGGACAACGGCAGCUCGUGUUACUCGCUGGACUCUGAAGUCUCCCAGGAGAGCGCCGACGGCGGCCCUGUGGAGUGA